UUUGAAAGAAGAAAUUGAGAAAGAUAAAAGAAAACCCUAUAAACCUGUAUUUUUCAGACAACGAGUGACAGGGAUAACAUAAUGGCUCUGGGAAUCUCAAACAUACUGCACUGCCCCAAAUUGAGUUUCUCCCACAGCAAUUUCCGACCCAAAGUUUCAACCUCUCUCAGGUUUCCCCAAACAGCAGCAUGGAGUGAUAGAAGGAUUAUCUGUGCCGCGGCAUCUGCGGCAGGAAGCUCUAAUCCCGAUGGUGACUUUAAUCCUUAUGAGGUUCUAGGUGUUAACCCUAUUGAGAAAUUUGACAUGAUCAAGGCAGCAUAUGCCAAAAAAAAGAAGGAAGCUGAGAUGAAUGGUGAUGAAGCAACUGCUUCCAGACUGGAAAAGGCAUAUGACAAACUCAUGAUGGCUCAAUUGUCUAAUCGGAAAAAGGGUGUGACUUUUGGAUCAUUUAAGGUUUCAAAGGAGAUCAAGUAUGCCGACAAACAGCCAGUUAUACCUUGGGGGCCAAGGUUUACUAAAUCAAGUAAAAAUGACAUGCGCAUCAACUUGGCAAUAUCUGCUGUUUUUACAGCUUGGAUCCUUGUCAAGCGCAGUGCUGAAUAUAAACCUUUGCAGUUUUUAGCCUUUGCCUUUGUUUAUAGGCUUUUUGAGAAGUUAAAAACCUUUGAAUCUCCUGCAACACCUAUAUAUAAUGAAGAGGGUGAAGACACAGGAGAAGGACUGCGCAUGGGAAAACGACUGCUCCGAUCACUGGCCUUGGCUUUUGGAUGUGUAGCUAUUUCAUCUUUGGCGUACACCUUUAUUUUGAACAUAAUUGAGUUUGCAGGUGGUUUUAUUCCCGUUCUUCUGUACAACAGUCAGGAGUUGAUAAUCACCACUUCAUCGGCAGUCAUGCUUUAUAUCAUGGCAUCUUAUUAUAGAUAGUGGAGCUUGUCUUGAAGACGAAGAAAUCAGGCAUCUAGUCAUCAUCUAUUUCUUUCCUCUUUUUUUUUAUAAUCUUUUUCCUCCCUUCUCUAGCCUUUGUUCCUAUUGUGAACUAAAGUGUUUCACUCAAAUUUUGUCAAAAGAUAGAUGCUUUUCCCUUGUUCCUAUAGUAGGGAUAGUGUUAACUUUCUUAUGAUACUUUUGAGUUUUUCCUUUCCGGGGUGGUGGGGGGAGGGGGGGUCAUUGAUAUUUAUUGAUUAUUCACAUUAUAGUAGUAUGUAGUCUUGCCUGUUUUUUCUCGGUUAAUCAAUUCUAUUCUAUUUGGAAAAAAACAAAAGGUCGUUAGGGAGUUACACUACCAUCAUGUAAGGUAGCUUAUUUGACGGUGGGGGUAAAUGAGAUUGAUUAUAUGCACUUUUGCACAAGGAAAAUGUAAGAAAGUCGGGAAUAAAGUAGAAUUUGUAUG